AUGAGACUGCUGGUACUCGUGUGCGCGUUCGCCUGCAACGUCGCAGUGCUUCUGCCUUUUGGGCUCUCCGUGCUACGGGCCAGACUCAGAGGAGGUCAGCAUCGGCGCUUCGCACCCGUCGAUCCUCACAGCAUCGAAGAGGCGAGGCCGAGUCCGCGUCCGGUCAUUCCGCCCUCGUCGAAGCGGCAACGGCCGCCUGAGAAGCCAACAGCGUCUCCUGUGUUGAAGGCCUUCGAUGGCUCUUUGAUCAACAAAUCAGACUAUCUGAGACACUUGGGCCAACUCAGCCGACAAAACAAAGUAAUCUUCGUGCAUGUGCCGAAGACUGGUGGAAGCACGAUCGAGGACUCCCGUCUAUUCGCAGAUGCCAAUAAAUUUCACAACACCAAGGGCCACAGCGAGGCUGUCGUGCUGAGAGAACUCGCGCCCAACUUUCGGAGCUUCACCAUGGUGCGACACCCGUGCGAGCGGUUCGUGUCUGCGUGGACAUACGUUCACACGACAGAUGCACCGGAGCCAGAGCGGCAAUGGUACCGGGAGCACUUCGGGCGCGGCAAACUUCCCACCUACGCGGCCUCCAAUUUUUUCGGCAGUGACACCUUCUUCUCCUUUUUGCAUUUCAUGCCUCAGCACAAGUUUGUCUUCUUUCCCAACAAGACGUUUGGAGUGGAUCUUCUUCUGUGUCAAGACAACUGGACGAGAAGUGUCGAGAGACUGCGCGAGUACUUGAAGCCCGUGAGGGUUCCUGCAGAAAUCGAAAGGAAGCGCACGCUCCACACGACACAUUCUAAAUGCUCGGAACUGCCAAACAAGACACGUCAGAGAAUCGAGAAGGCCUAUGCGCUGGACAUGUGCAUCUUUUAUCCAACUGGUGCUCCAACGGCCUGCGAUGGUUUGUCUGUGCAGGAGCUUACUGUCCGCUACAGGAACUGCACGUUGCACGGUCCGACAAACUGA